UAGUAUUGCUAGUAGUAGUAUUUGAGAGAGCCAGGAAUUCGAUCGAACCCAACAGCAACGGCUAUCGACGACGAAUCGCGUUGCAACGGUCGUCUUCUUUAGUCAGCCCUCAGUUGUCGGAGGAGUCGCACGGUUGAUUCAUUUUCCGAGCGUACGUUCGAAUUGAUACGGUCAAAAGUGCCUCAGUGCGGCUUACAACGGGCGUGAAUUUCAAACUCUUGUAGUAACCGUUCGUGGAAACAGUGGAAAUAUACGGCAGUGAUUAAGUGAUUCGAAAAAAGUCCAAUUUGUUUUGAGUAUUUCUGCGUAUCGCAUUCUGCCACCCACUGGUCCCCAAGGACCGGUUAAUUCGAUUGAAGUAAGUUUUCGUGUUCGAUUCUCGGAAGAAGUCAAAUCAAUUAAUUAAUCCCCUAUCCUGCAAAACAAGGCUGAGUGAAAAGUGAGCUAACGUCCGACAAGGCGUAGAGUGCAUGAAGAUAGUGACGAAUGUUCAGAAGCACAAAUCAUAACAGCGAUGCUUGUGUCGAUAUGACAUGUGGUGCGGAAAGUAGCAAAACAACAGCAAGAGACUGAGAAAGUGAGUUCAUCAAAUUGCACCAAAGUAUUACUUCACUGGGCUCCCAUCGUGUAUGUGCAAUCAAAAAGUUCGAUAAGUUGUAGAGUUGUAGAGUUGGGGAGUAGGGCAAGAGUGAUUAUUGCAGCUUCGACUGGAUCGGUGGCCGUGGCACACAGGAGAAAAAAAAAGAAAAAGUGCAACCAUUGUGGGUGUGAAGUAACGGAGAGUGGGUUGCCCAAGAAAGGUACCCUUCGAGAAGAAUAGAGUGUGACGAGAUACGCGACUAAGAAAUUAAAUGUGCUCAAUCUGCUGCGUAAUCGACGCCACAACACAGCUUUUUUCCGUGCGCACCUCAAUCAACUGCACUUAGCUAGCGCUCCCAAGGCUUUAAGAUUCUGCGAGUAGUAAAACUGCAUCUUUGAGAGCUAGUGGAACUCGCGCAAAACAAACCCUGCACAGCUGCAACCAUGUUGGAUCGUGGACCCGUUCAGCUGGAUAACGACAAGUGUCGUCGCGAGCGGGAUACACACCUGUCCGGAUCCCGGCUGGAUCUCGCCACCAUAUGUGGGCAACGGAACGCCUCGAGGGCCGGCAGAAUGGUCGAUUCACAUGGCAACGCGCUGCCACCGCUCAGCCCCUCCAGCAACAACAACUCAUCUUCGUCGACGGCGGCCAGCGAAAUCGACCAGAAGCUGUUCCCUAUGACCCCAAGUGAGGCGAUAAAAUACUACGGAAACCGACUGACAGAUUACGAGAAGCAGGAAAUCGAGAAGUAUCCAGAAGUCUACUUCCUAGGUCUCGAAUCCAACAAAAUCAAUGCAAAGCAGGGGACUGCGCUCAAUUCGGGCUACGAUGAUGACAAUGGCAGUUACAACAAAAUUCUCCGCGAUCACAUUGGCUACCGGUACGAGGUGCUCGAGGUGAUCGGCAAGGGUAGCUUCGGUCAGGUGAUCCGGGCGCUGGACUACAAAACCAACCAGCAUGUCGCCAUCAAAAUUAUCCGCAACAAGAAACGCUUCCACCACCAGGCUCUGGUCGAGGUACGGAUACUGGACGAGUUGCGCAAGAAGGAUGCGGACGGGUCGUACAACGUCAUACACAUGCUGGACUAUUUCUAUUUCCGCAAUCAUCUGUGCAUCAGUUUCGAGCUGAUGAGCCUGAAUCUGUAUGAACUCAUCAAGAAGAACAACUACCAAGGAUUCAGUUUGAGCCUCAUCCGAAGAUUCUGCAAUUCGAUAGUCAAGUGUCUCCGAUUGCUGUACCAGGAGAACAUUAUUCACUGUGAUUUAAAACCCGAGAAUGUUCUACUCAAACAGCGGGGCAGCAGCCUGAUUAAGGUCAUCGAUUUCGGCAGCUCGUGUUAUUCGCAUCGCAAAGUAUACACCUACAUCCAGUCCCGCUUCUACCGGUCGCCGGAAGUCAUCCUGGGACUGUCGUACGGAACACCCAUCGAUAUGUGGAGUUUAGGAUGUAUACUGGCCGAACUGUACACCGGAUAUCCGCUGUUCCCCGGAGAGAACGAAGUGGAGCAAUUAGCGUGUAUCAUGGAAGUUUUGGGCGUUCCACCCGAUGAUCUCAUCAAUACUGCCACCCGGAGAAGGUUGUUUUUCGAUUCGAGAGGCAUUCCACGGUGCAUAACCAAUUCCAAGGGACGCAAGCGAAAACCGGCCUCGAAAACGAUCUCACAGGCACUCCGCUGCAAUGACACCGUGUUCAUCGAUUUCGUCAGCAAAUGCCUGGAGUGGGACCCAAAGAAGCGCAUGACACCGGAGGAGGCAGCGCGCCACGAGUGGCUCCAGCCGAGCGCAUCCUCCACGUACGUCUCGUCAAAAUCCAAGGAAAACAGUGAUAAUCAGCUCAGCUACAUGCAGAAACUGCAACGAUCUCAGCCACAGACACCAAAUACAAUCCUUCCGGAGAUUAAAACUCCCUCCAACCGGCAGCGCUUCGUCAAGGAGCGAGUCAAAGCAACAGAUCUCGAAACAGCACAACAGCAGUACUCGAUGCACCGACUAUAUCACGCCCGCAAGACGACACUCAACGCCGCCAACAACAACAGCAGCAGUAGUAUCAACAUCAGCAACAGUGGAGCCAACAAUAACAACAAUAUCAACAACAACAACAAUCACAGCACCAGCAAUCAGACAAUAAACUCGAGCUCCAAGUAUCCCUCGAGUCAUCAUGUCGGCCACCAUCAUCACCACGGAGCGAUGCCCCACUCGCAGAGCACCGGUGACGUGUCGGCCAUUUUCGGACGCGCAUGACACGACACCCUCAGCAUGGCGAAGGACACCAGCAAGCUCAUCAGCAUGAUCUAGAGAGCGUCAAUCGUCACGAUCUUUACUGUCUAUAUAAUACUGGAGUGCUAGUUUGUAACCCUCCCAAAGGGGAGACCUUAACUGUGAAUAGUUUGUAGCGACAUGUACAGUGCCUCAUGGGCAAUGAACAUGAUAGGAACAUGAGCUAAUCAUUAUCUGUAGUCCUCAGAGAGUCAAUAAUCUUCCUCCCACUGCCUUCCACCCUAAGACGUGAAACAAGAACGAAGGUAUCUUUCCAGGCGAGAGGGCCUUUAGGUGUAGACCUGUAGAUAUGAAUUAGAUUCCACGGAAAAGUGUAAAUCAUCCUCAGAUAGAAUUUGGGCUCUCUCUAGUCGAUUAUGGACAAAUCUGUUAAAAUUCGAAUUAGUUUUGAAAUCCUUGUUCGCUUGUUCGUUGUUUUUGGGUGUCAUGACAUAGCAUCUGCUCGGUAUUUACCAGAAACCGAACAUAUAGUCCAGAACGGGUCAAACUCAGCGAAUUCGAUAUGUUCCAAUAGUCCACACCGAUUUGUAGUUCACAAAUCGAACACAUUCCGUGCAAUAUCUCUUGUAGUGAAGACAUAGGCAGCAGCGGCUCGUGGUUUUGUAUUCAUAGACAUCGCUCUUUCAUCCUUGUUUUCGGUUCAUUCGGAAAAUAACAAUAAUAUGGCAUGAAACUCAAAGGAAACGAAUCAAUGCAAAAAGCCGCACAGAUGGUCCUGUUCAUAGGCGGCAGCAGAGCCCCACCAAAACUAUCGAAACUCCCAAACACUGAUCAUGUAACCUGUUAGUGCUGUAAUACUCCCAUACUCCAACUCGACAGGGACUCAUUUGACUUGAAAAAAUGAACCGAUUGUUACGGAUCGCCUGGUUUAGCGGUUUAUUAGUCGUUUAUAGUGAGAGAGUAGAGGUCAGACCAAUUGUAACGAACAAAUUAAACAAAAGCUAAGAUUCAUAAUUAAUAAUAUCAAAAUAUCAGAUAGCCAGAAGUCGAAGUUGAGAUAUGUAUAAUUCAACCAUCGAGACGGUAUGUGUAAAUGUAUAGUGUGACUGACUUUUAACAAUAUAAUAUACUACGCAUAAGGUAAUUGUAAUUUAUUGUUUAGUGACAGUGAGAAUCAGAGAUAAAAUACAUAAUCAGCAGUAAGACCAAGUGAUCCAUAGUAUGUAGUGGAAGAACAAAAUGAUUCGGAUUGUUUCGUUGAUUAUAGUUAAUUCAAGACUCCUCAGCAUGAAUUCGAUCGAAAUGUAACCCAAGAACCAAAACAAACAUCAGCGAAAGAAAUCCUGCGCUGAACGAUUUAGAAAUUUAUCAAAAAUUAUUAAAUUGUAGUCACCGCUAAAUUUCCAAAGCAUUAUUAAAACAACAUACUUUUCCAGGCAAAUCUAUGGUUGGGCUGACAUCGCUUAAUUAUUAUGCAAAAAAAAAAAAGGAACGCAAAAAUUGUACGGUUUAUUCUUAUAUAUGGAAACAUUAUUUUAUGUACCUUCUUGACAACUAGCAAAGCAGAAUGGAAAUAAAAAUUUUAAUUCCUUAUUACCAACGAG